AAAUAUUAAAAAGUACAAUUAAACUUUAUAUUUUAUCUCUCUUCCUCUCCCUCAUCGUCUUCCCUCUACCUGACGAAAACCAGAAGCACAGAGCUUCCCAAAAUUCCAGUUGUUUCGAUCCUCUCUUCCCAAAAAUUACAGCUUUUCUGUAAUCUGAUUAGAAAUUAUUGGAGAUGGUUAGAUGAACCACCGAAUCCAAAAAGUACUGGUACGUCCGUACCGGUACGGAAUUCGGACGGGAUUUCACCGAAUCUGGCAACCAUAUGAAGAAAAGUAUGAUGCUUCAGUGCAGCAGCAGAGUUGGAAGUCAGAGUCGUAUGAUUCUUUCACUUGAUCAGAUUCAAGAUUUCGAAACCAAAAUGGAUGUCGUGCCUUUUUGUGCCCCUAUGUUGGUUUUAUUUUUUUUGUUCAAAACCCCUAUGUCGAUUAUUACGAGCAUUAUCCCAUAUAUAUGGCGAAUUGCGUAUAUUUCAUUAAUUUGUUGACAAUGUCAUAUUCUAUGGAGAAAAUUAACGUGCUUUUGUUUGGACAGGGAGUGCAACUGUGCAACCGUGUACAUUCUACCUGCAAAAUGGUCAGUGCAGGUUUGGAUCUACAUGCAAAUGAGGUACAACCUCUCAGCUUCAUCUCUCGUUGAUAUGCAUGUAGUUCAAUAUCCGGUUGGGUCUGUGCUGGCCACCCUGGCUCCAUCAUCCUCAUCAUCGGAUCUCCGGCCUCGAAGGGUUUCGUGUUUGGUUCGGUAAUGUGGGGUUGUGAUUGGGGUUUUGUUCUGGUUUGGGGGUGACUUUUAGAGCAAAUGUGGCAAUUGGGGCUGACGAGCAGCGAGUCAUAUCCGGAGAGACCUGGCGUGCCCAACUGUGUCUACUACAUGCGAACCGGGUUCUGUGGAUACGGUGGUCGGUGCCGGUACAACCAUCCUCGUGAUCGUGCUGCGGUCAUGGCAACUGUAAGAGCUACAGGGGAUUACCCAGAGAUAGUAGGGGAACCUGUAUGUGAGUAUUAUUUAAAGACUGGGACCUGUAAAUUUGGUGCGUCCUGCAACCUUUGGAGCUGGAUCCUUAAACCGAGCUCACCUAAAUAUUUAUGGAUACCCAUUACGACCGGGUUGGAGUCCGUAGUUCGUCCCUUAGUACCAUCUCCUGGAGCAACUUCUUUAUAUGGAGUAACACAGCUAUCUUCUCCAAUACACGGACUUGCAAGCCCUUAUACCUCCAUACCCUCUUCUGUUGGUCCUUCUAGCAGCAACCGGAGUGAACAAGUUUUCCCAGAGAGGCCUGGCGAACUUGAAUGCGAGUAUUAUCUGAAAACUGGGGACUGUAAAUAUGGACCAUCUUGUAGGUAUCAUCAUCCUCGGGAUCGAACUGUACCGAGAAUAACGUGUCUCCUUAGUCCGAUGGAUCUCCCACUCCGUCCGGGAGUGCAGCCGUGUACAUUCUACCUGCAAAAUGGCCAGUGCAAGUUUGGAUCUACAUGCAAAUUUGACCAUCCAGUGCAGAGCAUGAGGUGCAACCUCUCAGCUUCAUCUCUCGUUGAUAUGCCUCCUGUUCAAUACCCGGUUGGGUCUCUGCUGGCCACCCUGGCUCCAUCAUCCUCAUCAUCGGAUCUCCGGCCCGAAUUACUUUCAGCUUCCAAAAAGGAUAGAGUGCCUUCUUCCGGGAACACCUCAAGUAGUUCAGGUGGAUUGAUUUUUUCAAAGAGCGGUUCUGUUUCACUAUCUGAUGUGCAACUGUCCAGUCAGAUUUCAUCCCCUUUGAGCAAUAGCAGAAGCACGAGACCAGGUGGCGAGUUUCGUCGAUCAAUUUAA